AGGUAAGGAAAAGUGCGGGCAAGGACACGAACGUGGGUCUCAGUGGGUUACAAUGGCACAAUGGCUUCCCGGAGGUCUGCUUUAGCCUCGCAGAAUGAAAUAGCCGGGAACGACCCUCUCCGGGAGCUGUUUGAGGCCUGCAGGAACGGAGACUUGGUGCGUGUGAAGAAGCUAGUGACGCCACAGAACGUAAACGCCAGAGACACAGCAGGACGCAAGUCUUCCCCACUACACUUUGCAGCAGGUUUUGGCCGAAGAGAUGUUGUGGAGCACCUAUUGAAUCUUGGGGCUGCUGUGGGGGCUCGUGAUGAUGGUGGGUUAAUACCACUUCACAAUGCUUGUUCAUUUGGUCAUGCAGAAGUAGUUUCCCUUCUCCUCAAGCAUGGAGCUGACCCAAAUGCCAGAGAUAACUGGAACUACACCCCACUUCAUGAGGCAGCAUCCAAGUCCAAAUUUGAUGUCUGCAUAGUACUGCUUCAGAAUGGUGGAGACCACACUAUCCGCAACACGGAUGGUAAAACAGCACUGGAUCUGGCUGACACCUAUGCUCGUUCUGUACUCACAGGAGAAUACAAGAAGGAAGAGCUACUGGAGGCUGCUCGUGCUGGCAAUGAGGACCGACUACUGACCCUCCUAACUCCUCUUAAUGUUAACUGCCAUGCCUCAGAUGGCCGCAAGUCCACUCCAUUACAUUUGGCUGCCGGAUACAACCGAACAGAAAUAGUAACAAUACUGCUGCAACAUGGAGCUGAUGUGCAUGCUAAGGACAAAGGUGGUCUAGUUCCGUUACACAAUGCCUGCUCGUAUGGUCACUUUGAGGUAACAGAGCUGCUCAUUAAGCAUGGUGCCAAUGUUAAUGCAAUGGAUCUCUGGCAGUUUACUCCUCUUCAUGAAGCAGCAUCAAAAUCACGCGUUGAGGUGUGUUCACUGCUGCUGGCACACGGAGCUGACCCAACGCUGCUCAAUUGUCACUCCAAGUCGGCCAUUGAUGUUGCACCAUCUAGAGAACUUCAAGAACGGCUUACGUAUGAAUACAAGGGUCACAGUUUACUGGAGGCAUGUCGCCAGGCUGAUGCUGCACGUCUCAAGAAAUUUCUCUCCCCAGAGGUUGUCAACUUUAAACAUCCUUACACUGGAAAUACUCCCCUUCACUGUGCAGUUGGUUCAACUGGUGGCAAACGUCGGAGUGUAGUGGAAGCCUUGCUGCGAAAAGGAGCUCCACUUCAAGAAAAAAAUAAGGAAUUCCUCACACCACUUCACCUAUCGGCUGACAAAGGACAUUACGAAAUUAUGGAGCUACUGCUAAAACAUGGCUCAAAAGUUAAUGCACUAGAUGGUCUUGGCCAGACAGCACUUCAUCGAUGUGGUAAGGAGGGGGAUGUACAAGCGUGCCGUGUUCUACUGCAGUUUGGCAUUGAUCCAACCAUUAUUUCUCUCCAAGGGUACACUGCCACUCAAGUUGCCACAGAUCCUGUUCAGCGAUUACUACAUGAAGAUCCUCCUGGACCUGGUGUAGACAGUGAGCAGCAGCUUUUAGAAGCAUCAAAAUCAGGUGAUAUAGAGUGUGUGCGUCGUAUUCUUACUUCCCAGCCACAUCUGGUAAAUGUCCGGGAUCUAGACGGUCGUCAUUCUACACCCCUACAUUUUGCUGCUGGGUAUAAUCGUGUGCCCAUUGUGGAAUAUCUUCUUCAACAUGGUGCAGAUGUACAUGCUAAAGACAAAGGUGGUCUUGUGCCUUUACACAAUGCAUGCUCCUAUGGUCACUACGAAGUAACUGAGCUGCUUGUACGGCACGGGGCCAGUGUCAAUGUUGCAGAUCUCUGGAAAUUUACGCCUCUUCAUGAAGCUGCUGCCAAAGGCAAAUAUGAUAUUGUUAAACUAUUACUAAAGCAUGGUGCUGAUGUCGGUAGAAAGAACCGAGAUGGACACACGGCUUUAGAUUUGGUGAAGGAGAGUGACCAGGAUGUUGCAGACUUAUUGCGGGGUGAUGCUGCUUUACUGGAUGCUGCCAAGAAGGGUAAUCUGGCUCGUGUUCAAAAACUUCUCAAUCCAGAAAACAUCAACUGCAGAGACUCUCAGGGUCGCAACUCUACACCUCUGCACUUGGCAGCAGGUUACAACAACCUAGAAGUUGCCGAAUAUCUCUUAGAAAAUGGAGCUGAUGUCAAUGCUCAGGAUAAGGGUGGCCUCAUUCCUCUGCACAAUGCAUCCUCGUAUGGACAUCUGGACAUUGCAGCUCUCCUCAUUAGAUUCCAGACAGCUGUAAAUGCCACAGAUAGAUGGGGCUUCACACCUCUUCAUGAAGCAGCUCAAAAGGGUCGAACUCAGCUGUGUGCUCUCUUGUUGGCUCAUGGGGCUGACCCCUACCUCAAGAAUCAGGAGGGUCAAACACCCCUUCACUUAGCGACGGCAGAUGACGUAAGAAGUUUAUUACAAGAUGCUAUGAUGAGUCAACCAAGUCUGACGCCUGCUGCCGGGGGAGCAGCUCCUCCAGUUUCUCCUGCAUCACCCAAACCACCAGGAACUCCCUCUAAGACAGUCUCCCAAUCAACAGUCUCUCCAGCACCAUCUUUAAUAUCCAUCAACAAUAUUGGGGCUGAAGUUGAAACGGUAAUGAUGCCUUCUGGUGCUAGUUUAACCUUUACACCUGUAAUGUGCUCAUCGCCGGGCAUUGGUGACGGUUGCUGCGAUCACUCCCGCUGCGAAACAACACCUGGCACUCCAGUUAAUAUGAGUAUUGCCUCAUUUUUAAACAGUUUGGGUCUGGAACACCUGCGUGAUAUAUUUGAGAGAGAAGACAUAACAUUGGAUAUCUUAGCAGAAAUGGGCCAUGAAGAGCUUAAAACCAUCGGGAUCAAUGCAUAUGGCCACCGACACAAACUACUUAAGGGAGUUGAGAAGUUACUUAUUCAACAUAAUGGUUUAGUAGGGAGUGGAUGCAGCAGUAGUAAUGGUGGGAAUGGAUCAUCACAAGGUACCUUACUGCUUGAUCUGUGUCGAGAGGACAGAGAGUUCAUUGCAGUUGAAGAAGAGAUGCAAGCCACUAUCCGAGAACAUAGAGAUAAUGGUCAUGCAGGAGGGGUCUUUUCCAAGUAUAAUAUUGUUAAGAUUCAAAAGGUUCGCAACAAACGUUUAUGGGAGCGCUAUGCACACCGGAGACGGGAGGUGGCGGAGGAAAGUAAUGGGCAGUCUACAGAAAGAAUGCUUUUCCAUGGUUCUCCUUUCAUUUCUGCCAUUGUUCAAAAAGGCUUUGAUGAAAGGCAUGCUUAUAUUGGUGGGAUGUUUGGUGCAGGUAUCUACUUCGCUGAACACUCUUCUAAGAGCAACCAAUAUGUGUAUGGUAUAGGUGGUGGCAGUGGGUGUCCAGUGCACAAAGACCGAUCUUGUUAUUCUUGUUACAGGCAACUACUUUUGUGCCGUGUGACAUUGGGGAAGUCAUUCCUUCAGUUCUCGGCAAUGAAGAUGGCUCAUGCUCCUCCUGGCCACCACUCUGUUGUGGGGCGACCCAGUGCUGGGGGCCUGUGUUACCCAGAAUACGUUGUUUAUAGGGGAGAACAGGCUUACCCAGAGUACCUCAUCACUUACCAGAUUGUCAAACCAGAGGAGUCGGGCCCAAAAGAAGAUGCUGCUCGAGACAAUGACUGACCAGCAUUGAUAGUAAAUACUUGUAAUUACUCAACAAUUAUUGGUGAUAAAGUGAUAAAAUAAUUUCCGGACAGCAUUUAUGAAAGAACAUUUAAUUCCUCCUUAUAGAAAUGACUGAUCAUCUUACCGUCAUCUGUGGUUGGUUGAAUAUUAACACAUACUAGUGCAAGUGGUUGUGAUGUGUGAUAGUUACAGUGAAAACUUUGUGAGGCUGCAUGUAAUCCUGCCAAGCAAGAAGUUCUCAGAAAUAUUUUAAAAAUAAAUUGAUGACUAAAGGUGUGAAGCCUGAAUAAUGUUCGACAUAGUGACUGGGGAACACUAAAACAUCCCUCUUGUGGGUUACUUCACGAGAGCCCAUAAUGGGGCUUAAUCACUCAUACUUAGUCAUUCCAUGCCGUUAAAUGCAAAGUGAUUUUAUAACUGAACGUAUAUUUCAUUGUGAAUUUGUGUAGAGUAUUGUGUGUUUAUCUAACACUGCAAGAAAACUAAUCAUGGGUAUAAAGCUAAUUUUAAGUUUUUCAUUUAUGGUGUGUGGAGCUUAUGAUGACAUUAGUAUUGGUUUCUCUUGCUAGUAAGUCUGUGGUACAAACCAGAGUAAAUGGCUGUUCUCUUUUGAGUUAGGUUUAUGUAACUGGACUUCAAAUGUGAUCUUGUUUAGAAAUUGUCUCGUCUAUUUUUUCCAUGGUGUAAUUGAAGUUUGUUGUUUGUAAAUAAAAAUUUUGCAUUUACUGCAAAAUGCGUAAAUUGAAAUCGAGCAAAAUUUAAGAGGCAUUCAUAUCGGGGGGUUGGCAUUACAGAACCUUUUAUUAUAUCUGGUUCUUACAUAGAUGAAAUAACAAAGUGUUAGUUAUGUUAACACCACAACCCUUCCUCUUAAAAAUAACAUCGCUUUUCGCUUGUAUGCACUCUAUGCAUGGCCAAAAAUGGACGUUAUUUUGAAAUGAAAUUGGUUCACAAAAGUGAUGUACUCUCCCGUUUUCUGCGGGUCCUCUGGCUUACUCGGUAAGAUUAGGAAAGGAAACUUUCAAUUAAUGUUUUUCAUGACGUUUUGAAACUUUAGGCUUUCUUGCCCUCCUAACAUACCAGAAAACCCUUAACUUACUGUUUUGGGAAAAAAAAAAAUUCAAUUUUUUUUUAAAUUUCAAAUCACGUCCAUUUUCGGCCAUACGGGUAAAUGGCCAAAUUCAGACGUAAUUUGUAAGAGGAUAGGUUGAACACCAAGAGGAUAGCUCUUCUAAUGCAACAAUUAUAUAUCUAUAUUUAAAUAACUAUUUAUUUCUCAGUUUGGAAGACAUCAAAAUCUAUUCCUGUGUACCAAUUUGAGAUUGAAAUAUUGAUAUAUAUACCUUAAGGUAUUAUUAGAAUUCCCUGGUAGGAACACCUUGUGGUUUUGUAAACAAAAUUCUGGGGGUUUCGAUUAAAUAUUUCUGUAUGCCUUAUUAUUUUGAUUCUGAACUAAAUAUUUAUUUGAAU